AUGUAUUAUUGUUCAAUUAAAUUAUCAUGCGCUUUAUUUUGUUUCCUUGUGGUUACUCUUCUUAAAACAAAUUAUGUUUUAUCAAAAGGAAUAACAUAUAAAAAAAAUGUAAAGUUGUACCCCCAAAUAAUUAAUCAUUAUUAUAUAAACGAUGUAGUUUUCUCAUACAACAAAAGAAGGAUCGUCACAUUCUUUGUGUGUUCUAGUUAUAAUGAAAAAAAGAAAAGGAAAAGAAAUAAUGAAUUUAAUAUUAAGAGUGAGUUGAACGUUCAAGGGAUUAAUACAGCACAAAUAGAGGAAGACAAAAAUAAUGAAGUGGUCAAAAAAAAUGAAGUGGUUAAAAAUAAUGAAGUGGUCAAAAAUAAUGAAGUGAUCAAAAAUAAUGAAGUGAUCAAAAAAAAUGAAGUGGUCAAAAAUAAUGGAGUGGUCAACAAUAAUAUAAAUGACAACAAUAUAAAUAAAAAUGAUUGUAAUGACAAGGGGUAUAAUAUCCAAUCCUUUGAUGAUAAGAAUCAGCUGAUUAGUCGAACCUUUGAAGGCAUAAAUAUAUUUCCCAUAAAACAAAAUGAAAAAGACGAAGAUUAUUUAAAAACCAAAUUACCGGCUAGAGAAUUCAAACCUAAAAGAAGCUUAGGACAAAAUUAUUUAAAAGAUACAAAUAUUAUAAAGAAAAUGAUUAGUGCUAUAGAAUUGAAUGUCGAUCAUCAACAUUUUCAAAAUAAGAAAAGGAUGGUAGUAAGGAAACAGGAAGACAAAAAAAACACGAAAAAAAAAAAUAAUAAAAAAAAAAAAAAAAAUAAUAAAAGUGGAAAUGUAAAACACUCUGAUGAAAUGGAAGAAAAGAAGAAUAUAGACAAUAAUGUAUUGAAUAAACAAAAUAUUGAUGAACAAAAAAAUGUUGAUGAACAAAAAAAUGUUGAUGAACAAAAAAAUGUUGAUGAUCAAAAAAAUAUUCAUGAUGUAUAUUAUAAGGAGGAACCACAAUAUAAUAACAACCUUAUUGAUAAUAUAACCACAGAACAAAUAAAUAAGACAAACGAAUACAAUAAUCAUCAUAAUUUCAAGGAAGAAGAAAAUAUAAAUGUAGAAAAUUUUGAAAGCCUAAAAAACGAUGGAAAUGGAAUUAUAGAAUUAGGAUGUGGAUUAGGUCAAAUAAGUAAAUAUUUAUUUUAUAAAUAUAAAAAUAUGACAGGUGUAGAAAUCGAUAGUAGAGCAUUAUCUAUAAUUAGUAGAACGAUGCCUGGAUUUGAUUUUAUUCAUGAUGAUGUACUUCAAAUAAAUUAUAAAGAAUUAUCUAUAAAUAAAAAAACAAAAUUAACUAUCAUUGGAAAUCUUCCAUUCUAUAUAACAUCACAAAUUUUAUUUUGUUUAUUAGAUUUUCAUAAAUAUAUAGAACAAGCUAUUGUUACCAUACAAUAUGAAGUAGGAGAAAGAAUUAUAGCUACACCUAAUCAAAAAAAUUAUUCAAUUCUAAGUAUUUUAUUUAAUUUAUAUACAAAUCCAUAUUUACUUUUUAAAAUACCAAGUAAAGCAUUUUAUCCAGCACCUAAAGUUCAAGCAGCUGUUAUGAAAAUAAUAUUCAAAAAUAAUAAAUCCUAUCAUCAAAAUAUAAAUUGUAAUUUAUUAUUUCUUAAACAAAUUCUUAAAUUCUCAUUUCAACAGAGAAGAAAAAAAUUAAAAAGUAGUUUAAAAAAUCUAUUAUUACAAUAUAAUAUACCUCAAUUACCUCAACAAUUCAUAAAUCUAAGACCACAACAAUUAUAUCCUCAUCAAUUUAUUGAACUUACAAAUAUUCUUUUUCCUCUUCAUAAAUAUCCUUUCAAUCCUGACAUACAAACAAAGGUAUGGAGGAAACAAAAACACGGUGAUUAA